CAGAAAUUCCUCAUUCUAGACUCUUCUUUUAAUCUUUAGGGUUUAGAAAUAAAAAAAUUAAAUAAAAAUCCCUUUUCCAAUUUCUUUUUUCCUUUUAUUUUUAGUGUCAUCUGAACUAACUAUGGUUGAGUUAAAUAAACCCUUCUCAGUAUUUAGCGGUUCAGUUUUAAAAAGAAGCUUCCCAGAUGUUUUAAGAGGAACAAAGAGGUAAGAGAUUUUUGAGGCGACAUAGAUAACGCGGAGAGAGAAAUUCAGAGAACGUAGUUUCAUCAAUUUUUUCGAUCGUUCUUUCAUUUUUCUUGAAUUCAUGAUCAUCUAAUUCGUCUUAUUCCCGAAGUUCUUAUACGAAGAAUUUUUUUUUCUUCGAUUUUGAAUCAGAUCUCGCUUCUGAUCAGUUGAUAUUCGUGAAUAGUCCGAUGGAUCUAUCAAUGUAGCGAAUUUGCAUAGAUCUUGGCCAUCUUCUCAGUAGUGCUUACUUGAAAGGAGGCGAUUAAGGGUUUGGCUGGUGUUAAAUUAAUGAUCCUGUCCUUUUUGGAUUACCUGAUUAGUUUUCUGUUGUGUGGUGCUAGCUUGAGAGAGGAGGACGGGCUCUCUUUUGCAAUCACCUUAUUUGCGGGUCGUGAAAGAUAAGCAUACAACCAUGUCUAAGAUUGACAGUCCAGUUCAGACUCAAGCCCCUGUGGGGGUUUUCAAGAAUCCAUUGUCAGGGGAGUUUCAUGGGAAGAUACCGAUGCCGACAACGGGGAGGAGACGUGUGUUUGUGCAGACUGAUACUGGUUGUGUGUUGGGGAUGGAGCUAGAUCGGAGUGAUAAUGUUCAUACUGUGAAGAGAAGGCUGCAGAUUGCUCUUAAUGUCCCGACUGAUGAGAGUUCUUUGACAUAUGGGGAUAUGGUGUUGAAGAAUGACCUUGAUGCUAUUCGGCAUGAUUCACCUCUUCUUUUGAAGAGGAGUAGCAUGCAUCGGAGCUCAUCCACUCCUUGUCUCUCUCCUAGGGGUGGAGAUCUCCAGCAUAAAGAUAAGAGUGGGUUGAUUGAGGUGUUGGGGCGGUCAGAGCGGUUCAUGGUUACUAAACAGAUGGUGAAAGAUAUUGUUAAGGCGAUUAAGGGUGGUGUUGAUCCGUUGCCUGUGCACGGUGGUCUUGGAGGUGCUUACUAUUUUAGGAACAUUAGGGGUGAGAGUGUUGCUAUUGUGAAGCCCACUGAUGAAGAGCCUUUUGCACCAAACAACCCAAAAGGGUUUGUGGGCAGGGCUCUUGGUCAGCCAGGUCUGAAGCGGUCUGUUCGUGUUGGGGAGACUGGUGUCAGGGAAGUUGCUGCCUGUCUUCUUGAUCACCAGCACUUUGCUGGUGUACCUGCAACAGCUUUGGUGAAGAUUACACACUCGAUCUUCAAUGUCAAUGAUGGGAUGAAUGGUAACAAACCUAACAAGAAGCAGCUGGUCAGUAAGAUUGCAUCUUUCCAACAAUUCAUUCAACAUGAUUAUGAUGCCAGUGACCAUGGAACAUCAAACUUCCCUGUCUCAGCUGUGCAUAGAAUUGGGAUACUGGACAUUAGAAUUUUUAACACCGAUAGGCAUGCUGGAAACCUUCUUGUCAGGAAGCUUGAUGGUGUGGGAAGAUUUGGUCAAGUUGAGCUAAUUCCCAUCGACCAUGGUCUUAGCCUGCCUGAAAGUCUGGAGGAUCCGUACUUUGAAUGGAUUCAUUGGCCUCAGGCAUCAAUCCCAUUUUCCGAGGAUGAGCUUGCAUACAUUCAGAGCCUUGAUCCAGAAAAGGAUUGUGAUAUGCUUCGUUCUGAGCUGCCAAUGAUUCGUGAGGCAUGCCUUCGUAUUUUGAUGCUAUGCACCAUAUUUCUCAAGGAAGCUGCGGCCUGUGGUUUAUGUCUUGCUGAGAUCGGUGAGAUGAUGAGCAGGGAAUUUCGUAGUGGAGAGGAGGAGCCUAGUGAACUUGAGAUUGUGUGCAUUGAAGCGAGGAGGCUUGUGGAAGAUAGGGAAUGGUAUUUGCCAAAGUCUGAAGCUGGAGAAGAUGAAUUCCAGUUUGACAUUGAUUGUGAAGACCCUGAGUGGGACUGUACUCCAAAAAUGGGCAGUGGUGAGGACUUCUUUUCCAGGUCACCAAUAUUUGGCGUGAAUGGUAGAAACCCUCUCUCAAAGCUCGAGGAAAGUCCAGAAGAGGAAGAUGAUAGUGAAGAUGGUGACAUAGAAUUAGAGAGGGAGGAUUUUGCGGUGCUUCCUGUUCCUGAAAAGUUCCCACCUAUGUCCAAUUUAUCGAUGUCCCUGAAGAACAUAAGUCUAGGAGAGAAAGUCCCAAAACUUCCUCGUAUGAAAUCGGAAAAUGGAUGUUCAUCCUCUGGACACAGGAGCGCAAAUGAACAGCUGCCUGCUAGUGCAAGCUUUGUGCAGGUGGCUGACAUGACUGAGGAAGAGUGGACUGUCUUUCUCGAGAAGUUCCUAGAACUGUUGCCCCCAGCUUUCGAUCAGCGUAGGUCUGUGACUCUUGGGCAGAGGCAGCGACAGAGGCUUGGAACUUCAUGCCAGUUUUGAGAUAGUGAGAUACUUAAAGCUACAAGUUUGUAGGCUAUGCGAGUGGAGGAAGGUCGAUAAAGAUACAUAUUAGCUAGGUGAGCGCUUGAAGUGGUGGUGUUUGUGGUGUUUGGAAGAACAGCAUCAGUUUGGAAGUGCUGUAAAUAUUCUUUGAAGGCAGCAAUAACAUUUCAGUAGAAGUGGCAAGGCUGUCUUAGUAGAAUUUGUUUGUAUUUUUUUGUUCUCUUAGAAAGCUUAAAGCUCUGCUUUUGGUUUUAGACUCUUUGUGGACUUGUUAGAUAAAUAAUUUUGUAGAAAAUAGAAAGUCCUUAAAAAAUAUGAAAAAAAAGUAAUAGAAGUUAAUGUACAUAUGGAGUUUGAGUCU